UAAAAUGAAGUGUGUGAUAAGUCGGAAAUAUGUAUGAAGAGCGGAACUGUACAAUUGGACAGCUCGACACUUGAGAAGUUUCCUCUGUAUUUUUCGACGUCCGACAAAACACACCGCGUACAUGCCGUUAUAUAUCAUCUGUAUAUAUAUUUACUUCCCUUCCCUAAAAAAAAAUCAAUGGAAAAGACUUCAUCAACAAGAAAAAACCCCACACGCUUCUAUUUUUAAUUCCUCAUACCACAUUAUAUUACUUCCUAUAUUUUAUUAUAUUAUAUAUAAACACACACACCACACACAUAGUGAAAGUGUGGGUCUUCGUUCAAUCGUCAUCAACAAAAGGUGCAAACGAGCAACUUUUGUUUGUACCCUUGUUGUUAUAGCUAAUCUUACUCUAGUUUGUGCUUCUUGCUGCUUUCUUUAAGCAUCACAGCUAGUUAAAUAAGAAAAGCAUGGGUAAGAAAAUGGACGCUUUGCUCGGCAGAAGCUUCAAAACCUCCAAACUCAAAUCCACGGCGGCUCUGGCCGUUUCCCGCCUCUCCGUCCUCAAGAACCAGCGCCAGGCGAGGUGUUCCGUUGUUCGCUCCGACGUCGUCGAGUUCCUUAAAACCUCCAACCAUGAUAGAGCUCUUCUAAGGGUGGAGCAAGUGAUGAAGGAGCAGAAUAUGUUGGAUGUGUUUGUUGUGUUGGAAGGCUAUUGCCAUCUUCUUAUUGAGAGGGUUCAUCUUUUUGAACAUGAAAAAGUUUGCCCUGAGGAGUUGAGAGAAGCUGUAUCAACUUUGAUUUUCGCAUCCACUAGAUGCGGCGAAUUCCCUGAACUUCAAGAGAUUCGUGCCAUUUUCGCCUCCCGUUUCGGUAAAGAAUUCGCUUCUCGAGCUGUCGAAUUACGCAAUCAUUGUGGCGUUAACCCUAAGAUCAUACAAAAGCUGUCUACUAGAAUGCCGACAUUGGAGGACAAAACGAAGGUGCUCAAAGAAAUCGCUUCGGACAACAACAUUGAUCUUCACUUAGAUCACGAAUCGGAAACCACAGCGGAAAACAAGGAGGAAUAUUCUCAGCACAAGAGUACUAGCCCGUCAUCGGGACAACUACUUUUCGAUAUUCCCGUAGUACAUUCUGAGGGAUCAGAAAGAGGUAGUGUGGGAAGAAAAUACAAGGAUGUGGCUGAUGCAGCACAAGCAGCUUUCGAAUCAGCCGCCUACGCGGCGGCAGCCGCCAGAGCCGCGGUGGAACUGUCUCGAUCUGAAUCCACCGACCCUCCCAAUCACCGCCCCGGAAAAUUGUCCACCGCCGCUAGUUUUGAGGAGGGGCGUCUGGUGGAAACUGAAAUCAAGUACGAGAAAAUUCAUCCGGUUUUGAACACCAAUAAUAAAAGAUCGUUCUCCGAUGAUAAUGUGAAGGGAGAUAAUGUAUCUUCCGACGAGGAGGGAGAGAUUAUAAAGCGAAGAGACGGAGGCAUACAUUUCGACGAAAGUGAUCAUGAAGACGAGCAGAAAAGCAGCUCGAUUAAUCAGGAUAAUAUUAAUAAUAAUAAUCCUGCAGCAUUUGGUGUUGAGCCUUUGAACUUCAAUAGGAGGCCAAUCUCCGUGAGGAACAGACGAUCAAGCGGACGGUGAUCGAAUAUUACGUAAUUUCGGAAUAUACCGAGUUUUCUUUUUCUUCUUGUAAUAUAUAUAUAUAUAU